CGAACACGCAAUGGCUUCUAGUUCAUCCUCAGACCCUGAUAGACGCGCAAAGGCUUUACAAGAAUAUCGCAAGAAGUUAUUAGAACAUCGUGAGUUUGAAGCAAAGCUUCGUGAUCUUGAGAAGGUAUACGAUAAGACUGAAGAAGACAUUAAAGCACUCCAAAGCGUUGGUCAGAUUAUAGGUGAAGUUUUGAAACAAUUAGACGAAGAGCGAUUAAAUAAAGAGAAGCUUAAGCAAGGAACACGCGUUGCUUUAGAUAUGACAACCUUAACCAUCAUGCGAAUGUUGCCCAGAGAGGUUGAUCCAUUGGUGUAUAAUAUGAGCUUAGAAGAUCCUGGAAAAAUAAAUUUUGCUGGUAUCGGAGGGUUAAGCGAGCAAAUUAGGGAGCUUCGUGAAGUUAUAGAAUUGCCACUCAUGAACCCGGAACUCUUCCUUCGCGUGGGUAUCAAGCCGCCAAAAGGUGUUCUUUUAUAUGGUCCGCCAGGGACCGGAAAAACACUUUUAGCGCGUGCAGUCGCUAGUACUCUCGAAACGAAUUUCUUAAAAAUUGAUGCAAUCGGUGGUAGACGGUUUUCCGAAGGAACUAGUGCCGAUCGUGAGAUUCAAAGAACUCUCAUGGAGAAAAGUUUCUGA